AUGAACCCAAAGUACAUGCGCCCACCACCUCAGCUCUACUUCCAGCCUUUAAAUGUAUACGACUAUCCUACGCCCAUCAUGACUCGCAUGUACCAACCAGUAGUCCAGGUCCAGUACAGCUAUGCGCCACUCCCCGAGCACAAUCCAAUUCUGGCCCAGCACACGCGAGUCCGACAUCCGGCGACAAGACAGUCAGAACCCCAGAUCCGCUGGUUCAGAACAGAUACUGGUGAGAAUAUUGAGGAACCACACAGCAGAAGCCGAAACCACAGUAACAGAAGGGGACCCGCGACCAACCCACCUCUUCAACCAACUCUGAUUUGCACGAUGCCUCCUGCGUGGGUCGGAACAGUGCCAGAUGACAUUCAUAUAACAGCUGUCGGCGGAGGACGAGUUGAAGCGCUUACAGACACGAGCCACAUAACAGGACACGCGGGGAUGGGUAUCAUGGAUGUCGACAUGGGUGACAAUGCCAUGGCAGCAGUGCAGGAGGGUCAGAUCGAGCUCUCGGACGGAUUCCUAGACUUGCUCAAGCAGGUCGAGAUCUCAUAA